AUGCACGAACCCCCUCCCGAAAUCCAAGACACGAUUGAGGCGCUGCUCGCCAGUACACCACCUCGUUGGACCGACGAUCUCGACCCGCAGACGAUCAUCCCCGUUGCAGCGAUCCUGCUGGGAUACCCCGUAGCAUACGUUCCUGUGGAGAUGCACGGCGCGUUUCUGGCGGGCGUGCCGCUGGACGUCUACUCGUGCAUUGCGUGCAACGGAACAACUCUAGACGGGCACACGUUCUUGAAGUUCUCCUGCCCGGCAGAUCUCGCAGUGGCUCAUCCUGAAUCUCUUGGGGUAAAUUCGAUCGUGGAGAAGUUGAAGCGGCGAUUCAAGAGUAUAUUAGAGGAGGAAGGUUUGUCGAUGACUGUAGAGGUGACGAGAUAUUGAUGGAUGCCUUCUCACGCCCACUCUUCUUGGACGGCGCAGUCCUGUUCAAGCCUGUCAGGACCUAUCUAACAUCGAGUCGCAUAUGUCCCCAUCUACGUGAUGAUCAUCUUCUGCUGCGUCAAUUGCACUUCGAAACAGUCAAGUGGUGUCAUUCUGCACUCACUAUGGCGUAUUUUCGACCGGUCUUGCGACUCUUAUCGAACUGGAGGUGCAGCCUGCAUGUCACGCCCCUCUGUUCCGCCGGCAAAUGUCGAAUUCAAACCUCGGUCGUGAGAUCCCCGGCCCACCGCCCGCUGCUUAUUACCGCCACAGGCUUGGUCAGCGCUUGCACGUGCGGCGCUUUCUCAUCCUCACCAUGGGUCACGUCGUUGACGGAUUCGCGGCGAGGUUCUGGCGUCUUCUGACUGCUGACUACACCGAGGCUAUUUAAAUGGCCUCUCGCUGCGUCCAGCCGUCAAGCACACAUCCACUCGCACCCACCUUUACCUCACACCAGCCAUGUCGCAUCCCGUCGAUAUCGAAUCCAUUUCCCAGUGGAACCAGGUCAUGGAAGCCGCCGAAGCCGCAGGAAAGACCGUGAUUGUUGAUUUCAAGGCGGCGUGGUGUGGCCCCUGCAAGAUGAUUGCACCACGUUUCGAAGCACUGGCCGCGCAGAAUCCGCACGUCCAAUUUGUCGAAGUGGACGUGGACGACCAACCCGCGAUCGCCCAGGCCCU